UAUGUGGGUUGUGCUUUGCGCCCCCACAGCGCCCCCUCUGGAUCACUUCUUAAAAACAAAAAGCACUGCCAUAAAUAUUGUCCACAGCUGCAGCGGCCAUCCCACCCCACGAGAAUAGGGUGGCACGCCGUGGUGGACGUCCCUUAUUUUGAUUUCUGAAAGGUGGCAACUCUAACCCAGAACCAAAAGACACUCAAGCUUCAUGAAGUUCUUGAUGAUUCAAUUCAGGUUCAGUUUAGUUACAAUUCAGUUUCGUUUAUUCAUAGAAUAAAUCCGGUUCCAGACUUAUCAAUCAAUCAAUAGCUCAGAUGUCACGGGAUGAAUAUUAAUAUUUUAAAAGUUUAUCAUUAUUAUUUCUGGAUCACUCAACCUCUAGAUGACUGAGCGGCAAAUCCUGACCUUGUAAAUUCUAGCAGAACCGAGCCGAACCUGUCAGUUUCUUUAAGCUGUAGUAGCUUCACCCUGACAGCAGGCGCCGCUGCAGCGCUGACUGUUCAAAUUGUCUGAGGUAGAAGAACAACUGCGUCGCAGUGCGCCUGCCCCGGGAAGCCGCCUGUAGUCCUUGAGGCUGUGCGUGGUUCUGGUUCGACCUGGUUCGGUGUCGCUGUGAUCCAGAUGAUGCGCCUGCUGCUCCGGAGGCUGCGGCGGCUCUCCGCCGCCUCGGAGCGCUCCUUCAGCGGCCUGCCCGCCGCGCAGGUCCGUCGAACCUUUCUGGACUUCUUCCGGGAUCAACACCAACAUCUGCUGGUUCCGUCCGCUCCGGUUCGGCCCAGAGGAGAUCCCAGCCUGCUGUUCGUGAACGCUGGAAUGAACCAGUUCAAGCCGGUGCUGCUGGGCACGGUGGACCCCCGCAGCCAGAUGGCGCUGUGGCGCCGCGUGGCCAACAGCCAGCGCUGCGUGCGGGCCGGAGGGAAACACAACGACCUGGAGGACGUGGGGCGCGACGGGACGCACCACACCUUCUUCGAGAUGCUGGGCAGCUGGUCCUUCGGGGACUACUUCAAGGAAGAGGCGUGCCGCAUGGCGUGGAGCCUCCUCACCGAGCAUUAUGGGAUACCGGCAGACAGGCUGUAUGUGUCAUACUUUGGAGGAGACGCCAGCUCGGGUCUGUCGGCGGACCAGGAGACCCGGGACAUCUGGCUGCACCUGGGGGUUCCUGCGUCGCGUGUGCUUCCGUUCGGUCUGAAGGAUAACUUCUGGGAGAUGGGGGACACGGGCCCCUGCGGCCCCUGCACCGAGAUCCACUACGACCACGUUGGCGGCCGCAACGCUGCGGCGCUGGUCAACGCAGGCGGCGCCGAGGUGGUGGAGAUCUGGAACCUGGUCUUCAUCCAGUACAACAGGGAGGCGGACCACAGCCUGCGGCUGCUGCCCCAGUUCAGCGUGGAUACUGGGAUGGGACUGGAGCGACUGGUCGGCGUUCUGCAGGGGAAGCGCUCCAACUAUGACACGGAUCUGUUCACGCCGCUGCUGGACGCCAUCCACCAGCGGUCGAGGGUGGGGCCUUAUGGCGGCAGGAUGGGCGCGGCGCCGGACGCCCAGGUGGACCGGGCCUACCGAGUCGUGGCCGACCACAUCCGAACCCUGGCGGUCUGCAUCGCCGACGGGGUGCAUCCAGGGAUGUCUGGUGCCGAGUUGGUGCUGAGGAGGAUCCUGAGGCGGGCGGUCCGGUUCUGUGCCGAGGUUCUGCAGGCUCCGCCGGGUUCGCUGGCCAGCCUGGUCCCCACCGUGGCUCAGACUCUGGGCGACACAUAUCCGGAGCUGUUCCGGGAGGCGGACCGGAUCGCCGACAUCAUCAACGAGAACGAGGGUCACUUCCUGUCAUCCCUGCAGCGCGGCAGCCGGCUGAUCCAGAGGACCUGCCUCCGGACGGGCAGCGGCCCCUUCCCUGCGGCGGUGGCGUGGUCUUUGUACCGGGACCUGGGCUUCCCUCUGGACCUGGUGGACCUGAUGCUGGAGGAACGCGGCAUCCAGGUGGACCGCCAGGAGCUGGACCGCCUCGUCUCCCACGAGCAGAAGGAGCUGAUGUCAGUGGUGAUGUCACCUGCCCAGAUGCGGGCGGAGCAGCAGGCGGACUCGCGGCCCCGCCUCCUGCUGGACGUCCUGAGCCUGGCGGCGCUGCAGCGUGCCGGCGUUCCUCACACCGACGACGGCCCCAAGUACCGCUACCACCUGGAGAACGGCCGAUACGUGUUCCCAGCAUGCCAAGCGACGGUCCUGGCUCUGUACGACGGCAGGUCGCUGGUUCCGGAAGUCGGCCCGGGUCGGCGCUGCGGAGUGAUUCUGGACCGGACCUGCUUCUACUCGGAGCAGGGCGGCCAGUCGCAUGACCGCGGCUACCUGAUGCGCGACGGGCUGCAGGAGGUUCUGUUCUCAGUGGAGGCGGUGAACCGGGCCGGAGGAUACGUGGUCCACCAGGUGACGGUUCCGGACCACCUGAGAACUGGAGACCAGGUGGAGCUGCACCUGGAUCAGGCCCACCGGCUGUCCUGCAUGGUGAAGCACACGGCGACCCACAUCCUGAACUUCGCCCUGCGGUCGGUUCUGGGUCGGUCCGUCCAGCAGAGAGGUUCUCGCAUCUCGGCCGACCGCCUGCGCUUCGACUUCAGCGUGAAGGGUCCGCUGAGCUCCGUCCAGCUGCAGCAGGUGGACAGGUGCAUUCGUGACGUCAUCUCUGCCAAUCAGGACGUCCACACCCUGGAGGUCCCUCUGCGGCUCGCCGGAGCCAUCCAGGGCCUGAGGACGGUGGACGAGGUGUAUCCGGACCCGGUCCGCGUCGUUUCGCUGGGUGUCCCAGUCUCUGAGCUGCUGGACGGCGGGACGGACAGAGAGACGUCUGUGGAGCUAUGCUGCGGGACCCACCUGCUGCAGACCGGCUCCAUCCAGGAUCUGGUGAUCGUCUCUGAGAAGCAGCAGGUGAAGGGGAUCAGCCGGAUCGUCGCAGUAACGGGUCAGGACGCUGUCCAGGCAAGGGACAUGGGACGCGCGUUGACCCAGGAAGUGGACUCUCUAUCAGCUAGACUGUCAGGCUCCUCCCCCUUCAGCCUAGGCUCCGCCCUCCAGUUCUCCAAGGAGGCCGGCGCCCUGUCUGAUGCUGUGGACAACAUGCCCGUCCCCCAGUGGCAGCGCCGAGAACUGCAGGUCCGGCUGCGGGCCACGCUGCGCUCCAUCAGCACCGCCAUCAGGAAGCUGGAGGCUCGGCAGGCUGCUGAGAGAGCUGCGCUGCUGCUGCGGCGGCGCGGACAAACGGAACUGCUGGUGGACGCCGUGGAGACGGACUCGCCGUCGGUUCUGAUGAAGACCGUCAACCAGCUGAGCGCCGCCGCCCCCCUCAGUCACGUGAUGUUGCUCGCUCACCAAAGGCAUUCUGGGAAAGUUUUCUGUGCCUGUCAGGUUCCCAAGGACUCACCGGCCCUCGCUGCCUCUGAUUGGGCGGUGGCCGUGUGCCGCCGCCUAGGAGGGAACGCUGGGGGAUCAGCGCUGGUUGCCAAGGGAACCGGAAGCAGCAGUGACAUCACAGAGGCCCUGAGGUUUGCCAAAGACUUUGCCCUCAAGAAGGCAGGGCGAUGAUGUCACAGGCUCCGCCCCCAGGAGGCGUGCUGUGAUUGGACCGAGAGAUUUCUUUGUUUUAGAAGGAAUAAAGGCAGAACUGACUUGAUUUUAUU